AUGAUUUAUAUUAUCAUUUUGUGGCACUUUGUGGGCCACACUGUGCUUCGCUCUAUUAGUGAAAUUAUCAGAAGUCGUGGCUACCCCGUCGAAGAACACUACGUGGUUACAAAAGACGGGUUCUUACUAAAUAUACAACGCAUUCCUUAUGGAAGAAACUCGUACCAGUCCUCCCCUGGAAAACCAGUGGUUUUCUUACAACACGGCCUACUAAUGGACAGUACUAAUUGGGUACUUAAUUCAGCUAAGGAUAGCUUGGGGUAUAUACUUGCAGACCAGGGAUUCGAUGUUUGGUUAGGUAACAUCCGGGGUAAUGUCUAUUCGCAACGUCACGUCAAAAUGAACAACGAUCAAGAGGGAUACUGGGAUUUCUCCUGGCAAGAUAUGGCCGAGUACGACUUACCCGCAAUGAUAGAUCAUGCUCUGUUAGUAACUGGCCAAUCAGAGUUGUUCUACGUUGGUCAUUCCCAAGGAACUCUAAUUGGUUUCACAGGGUUCUCAUCCAAUAAGAAGCUGGCAAAGAAAAUCAAGACGUUUUUUGCUCUGGCGCCUGUUUACACUGUUGCUCACUGUUCUGAAGUCGUCAAAGGAGCUGCUUACGCUUUAUACCCUGUUGAGCACGUUUUUCAAAAUCACGUUAACGAAGAGUUUGUGCCUGGCCGAUUUAUGAAGAGAUUGAGUGAUGCAGGUUUCUGUGGGGGUGCUACAUCAGAGAAACUCUGCUACAAAGCCGGGGAAACACUCUUUGGUUUUGAUAGCUCGAACAUCAACAUGGAACGAGUGCCAGUUAUUAUCGCUCAUUGGGGAUCUGGGACGUCAUUAAAGAAUAUGGUUCACUUUGGUCAGAUGGUCACAUCGGGAAAGUGUCAAAAAUAUAGCUAUGGGUAUUGGUACAACUAUGAAAAAUAUGGACAGAUCACCCCUCCAGAAUACCGCGUAGAAGACAUGACUACCCCAGCCGUCCUUUUCUCCGGGUCACAUGAUACUCUAGCUGAUCCUUUAGAUGUCGAUCAUCUCAGGGCGAAAAUAACAAACCUUCAUCAUUUUGAGGAGAUACAAGGAUGGAAUCAUGCGGAUUUUUUAUUUGGGUCUGACGCUCCACAGAAAGUUUACAACAAAAUGUUAAAAAUGAUGAAAGAUAUGCUCUACAGACGCGCAAAAUAGGUUUUCAAUGAUCAAAUAAACUGUCUCUACAGCCUUGUGAAUAAAUGUAAAAUAAAAUAAACAGACGCUUCAGUUAAAAUCAAAAAUAUUGCAGCUAUUGUCUGUACAUGUACUUCUAGAUCUAAAAAUUUGUGAAAGAGUCAUUCGUACUGAGUGGAUAUCAAAUUUUUAUUUUUCACGAUCGUCUGAUUAAUGCUCAAUCAAAUACAAUAAACUAAAAUAUUGACAUCAG